CAGGUUGUGUUCUUUCAAUGGACAGACCAGUGAGCUUUGACGUGACGGACUAUGACCCCGACGAGAACGAGUGGGGGAGCAUCAGCGAUACAAUACCCUAUAGCGGUCAGAUGAGCGGACCGUCCUCACCGAACUACAAAACUCCAUCCAUAAAUAACUCUGAAGACGCAAAGGAGCACAUGAUCACGGCCGGCGUAAACCUUCAUGAAGACAUGUUGGAGGAACAACGGACGCGGAUCGCCUCUGUUUGUGAUGAGUUAAAGCGUUUAAAAUCGUUAACCACAAUGAGGAAUCCAACAGGAUACCGGUCAAAGUCAACGGCUGCUGAGUCCUUGAAAGGUCUAAAAAUGUUCAUCGGGGCGACUGAAGGUGAUUGGACCACCGUGGAGAGGCGGUUCCAUACAAUGACGACGGAUACCAGUGGCCUACUGACCCGUUCAAAAUUUGGUGAAUGCAUAGGAAUAAACUCUAAGGAACUCGCCUUGGAAUUGUUUUGACGCAUUGGCUAGGCGAAGAUGCGUACGAGAGGAUGUGAUUGAUAAAUGUGAACUAUAUGAGUGUUGGGGUCAAAUAAACGAUCAAAACUUCGAUUCCAGAGUUAUGAUGAUUCUUGACAUUGCUGAUAAAGAUGGAGAUGGUAGAUUAACACAAGACGAAGUUAGACAAUUUAUUAGUCUUAUUGCGUCUGCUAACAACAUGUCCACCAUUGAGAACAAAGCUGAUGAAUAUGCAACACAGAUUAUGGAAGAGUUUGAUCCAGAUGAAUUUGGAUACAUCACGUUGGAAGGUUUUAAGAUGCUGCUUGAGGAACUAGAAACACAGUGUGUAACAACAAGUACCGAUGAAACAGAGAAGUCUACGAUGCUUAACCGGAACACAAUAAAGAAAUGGUACAACUUACUGAAGAAAUAACCAUCUACGGAGACGAAAUAGUGAAAAACAAAAAGAUUACAAACAUCAUUUGUAGAUGAGUGUUUUGAGAUUGUGAAUGUAAAAGUGAACCUGGAUUACAGUAACAAUAACAUCACACCAAUAUGAGCAUA